AUGGGUGCAGUUGCACGCCAGUCAGUUUUGCUUUGUGUUUUUUACUUUUUAGAUUUAAUUGAUUCAAAAUUAUUUUUAGUUUUACAACUAGAAGAUAUCGAAAUAAAUGAUUGCAUCAAAACUGCGCUUGCCUUUGAUAAAACACUGAAUGAUUUUGUGAAUACCGUUCUACCACUGAAUGGUGUUCGACAAUUUCUUGAAUGGUAA